UUUAUCCAUUAGCGGGAUAGCUCGUAAAGGUUGGAAGUUUGUUCUUGUCGAGUUUUUUCUUUUGAAUUGAGUUGUUAUUUUCAGAGACUCUGUUAUAAUUUCAUCGUAAUAGUGCAAUGGGAGGGAUCUGUUCGGCUGAAUUGUCGAACUCAGAUGAAGAGGAUGAUUCCGAUUAUACUGAAGACCGCAAAAGGGUUAAGAACUCUGGAAAGAAGACAAAAGAUGAUCUCUUGUUUUCCGAUGUAGAUGAUAAUGAAAUGGUCCAGCCAAAGAGCGAUCCUGCCGUGCUUCCAUUAUCCUUCUCUGGUGAACCGAAGCCGUCACCACCAGCAAGAACAGCGUCCAGCAAGGUGCCACAAAUGAGCUCAGUUUUGGGAAAGGCUGGCUUUGUUGGACUGGAGAGGGCUGUGGAGGCCUUAGACACCCUGAGAAGUAGUGUAUCAAAUUUGAAUGCCAGUACAGGAUUUAAUUCUGGGAUGGCUUUCAAGAAAAACAAAAUAUCUAUCUUGGCAUUUGAAGUAGCUAAUACAAUUGUCAAAGGUGUAACUCUUUUGCAAUCUCUGUCUAAAGGAAAUAUCCAGUUCCUAAAAAGGGAGAUCCUACACUCUGAUGGAGUACAACAACUAAUAUCAACCGAUUUGGAGGAAUUGCUAAGCAUUGCCGCUGCUGACAAAAGAGAGGAAUUUGAUGUGUUCUCCAGAGAAGUAAUUAGGUUUGGGAACCUAUGUAAAAAUCCACAGUGGCACAACCUGGGUCUCUAUUUUCUAAAUCUAGAUUCAGAAAUUUCAACCCGUGGGCAGAUCAAACAGGAGGUAGAAAUGACAAUGCAAGAACUAGAAACUUUAGCUCUGAACACUGCUGAAUUGUACCACGAGCUACAUACAUUGGAUAGAUUUGAAAAAGAUUAUCAAAGGAAGAUGGAGGAACUAGAGUCCUUGCAUAUCACUCAAAAAGGAGAGAAUCUCAUGAUAUUGCGGAGUGAACUAAAACAACAAAGAAAGCUUGUGAGGAGCUUGGAAAAGAAAUCUCUUUGGUCGAAAAAUUUGGAAGAGGUCAUGGGAAAGCUUGUUGACAUUGUUACUUUCAUUCAUAAAGAGAUCAUGGAAGCCUUUGGAAAUAAAGGUACAGCAUUGAUUAGCAAGGAUGUAAUUCACAAAUCUGAAAGACUAGGUGUAUGUGGUCUUGCAUUACACUACGCAAACAUCAUCAGUCAGAUAGAUCGUAUUGUGGCUCGGCCAAGUUCUCUUCCUCCUAAUGCAAGGGAUACACUGUAUCAUGCACUGCCGCCCAGUGUUAAAACAGUUCUACGUUCUCAGUUACAGCCAUUUCAGGCCAAGGAAGAGCUCACAAUUGCGCAGAUCAAAGAUGAGCUGGAAAAAAUACUUAAGUGGCUUGUGCCUGUAGCUGCAAAUACAAACAAAGCACAUAAAGCUUUUGGCUGGGUUGGAGAAUGGGCAAACAAUUGUUCUGAGUUCAACAAGAGAACAUCUGCACCUAAUAAUCCAUUGCGUCUUCAGACACUCUACCAUGCAGAUAGGGAGAAGACAGAUCUAUGUAUCAUCGAACUGGUAACAUGGCUUCACCGUCUGAUCAGCCAUGUAAGACCCAGAGACUAUGGAUUCAAGCUACACAUGCCUGUUCGAUCUCCAACACGUAAUGCUCUAUUUUUACGGACUGUCACCCAGCGAGGCUCAUUACAAGUGCUUAAUAAUGGUCAAAUCAAUACCAAAGCCCUGAUUUUACAGCCUGAAACCCAUCAAAGCUCAUCCCCAAUGCAUAUUAAUUCCCUGCAUUUACAGCCUGAAACCCAUAGAACUUCAUCCACUGUGAAUAUUAAUGGUCAACCCAAUAGCAAGGUCUCACUUCAGCUUUUACAGCCUAAAACCCAGCAAGUUUCAUCCCCAGUGAAUGAAGAUGGUAAAACCAAUAGCCAAGUACUGCCUCAGCUUUUACAGCUUGAAUCCCAGCAAUGCUUUUCCAAAGUGCAUAAUUAUAGUGAAACCAACAUCAAGAAUCCACAUUCACAGCCUGAAAGGCAGCAAGGCUCGCCGCCUCUAAUGCGUAACAAUAGUAAAAUCAAUAAGGCAGCUAAAUUAUCCCAAGAAGACAGAGAUUUGUUGGAGGUCAAGUGGAGAAAGCUGGUUCCUAGAAUACGCAAAAACCAUGAAUUAGGUGCAGGCAAAAAGAAAGGAAAGCAAGGUUUGAAGCCGACCAGGAGCAAUCUUAGCUGUCCAGUGAAUUUAGUGCAUCAUAAGACGCCGAGGGUGCCAGGACUAAUGUGA